AUGGAUCAAACGUAUAGGUCACUUGCAGACUGCGUCCUCAGCAAGUGGGAGGAAAAGAAGGCAAAGGCGGCUACUGCUGACGGUACGAGGAAUCUGACACCUCGCCUCAUAGUCGCUGUAGCAGGCCCUCCCGGAUCUGGAAAGACAACAAUAGCCAACAAAGUUGUCGACAUUAUCAACUCUUUGCCAUCGAAGAGCCCCAAAACUAUCGUUAUAUCUGCCGACGGGUUUCAUCUUCCGCUUGCCACGCUGCAAAAGCUACCGAAUGCUUCGGAAGCCCUUGCUCGCCGUGGAGCGCCUUGGACUUUUGAUGGCCAUGCCGCAGUAAGCCUGGUUCGAAGACUCAAGACCAGCGCGCGCAGGCAGCCGGUUCUCGCCCCUACUUUCGACCACGCAAUCAAAGAUCCGGUGUCGGAUGGACUACUCAUAGAGGCGGAUGUGGAUGUUUGCAUCCUGGAAGGUAAUUAUCUUCUCUGCGAUGAGCAUCCAUGGGAUGAAAUCGCAGACCUCGUUGAUGACAAGUGGUUUGUCCAUGUGGAGCCAGAUCUGGCUUGUAAGCGAGUUGCAUCUCGACAUCUUGCUGCCGGAAUUGAAACAACAAUGGAGGGAGCAGUUCAUCGAGCGACGGCAAACGAUCUGGUGAAUGGAGAGUUUAUUUUGUCUAAGAGUAGGGGCAGGUAUGAUGUGAUGAUAGAAAGUAUAGAAAUAUGA